GAAAGGAGAUGGUUAUAAUGUGGUUGGAGUAUCUUCUGUUGGAAAGACUUGUGUUUGGACGUGUGAGUAUGCUCCGUCUCACUGAAUGAGAAGAAAUAGCGACAAAAGAUGAAGCUGUGUCAUUGAAGAACCCGGCAAAGGUUCGCAGGGAUAUUUUCUUACAUGCUACCACUAUGUGUAGUAAAAAACCAAACAAUAUAUUCAUGUCUUUUAUUCGAUUAUAGAUAUCCUCUCAAUCUGAUUGUACUGAAUGUUCUGCGCUCAUGAACUGUUAGCGAAGUUUGAAUUGAUCUAAAUAUUCAUUGUGUAUUUUUCACUAUUAGUAUGUUAGCUUAAAAAACAUUCCUUGUUGUUCGGCAGUAUAUCUUGGUUUUAUCAACUGAGUUGAGGAUGUAAUUUGGCCACCGUAAAGAGUCUCCAAAGCUGACGUUUCGAGCGUUAGCCUUUCGUCUGAGCGACUCAAGAAAAAUUGUGGGCUGUGUGUGUUAAAUAUACAAAAAAAUAGAGCUAUGCGAUCGGUGAGAACAUGGUAGCGUGAACAUGCAGCAAUAGAGGUCAAUUCACUUAUACGAGCAGUUUUACCAAUUUCAGAAGAUAAGUUCAUUUUAAAACAAGACUUGCCCAAGAUAUCAGUUUCCAUCUUUCUAGCAGACGACCACGAUUCUUUAACGCCGCAGAACGUUUCCAAUGCCCUUAAUGAAAAAAAGAUGCAGUUUCUCGGUAAACAACGUAGUAUGAUUCUAAAUGACUUUGUAACAGAGUCCAUAACAAGCUUAUCUCUAAUUAUGGCUCAGAGCACGAUGUGUAUCACAUAUUCAGUGCGCUUCUUUUCGCUUCGAAGGUUAAGAAUCGGUUUUGAUAUGCUUAAAGCGCAUGUUAUAAAAGGAUUCCAUCAAACGAUUUCGUUAAAUAAUUUCCACGAUAUGGAAAGUAGUAUAGAGAGUUGGCGUUUUUGUACGGGAUCACUUUGAGAUCUUGUACCGGCAAUUUCGAAAAACAUACAACAAGUGAAUGAUCCGGGUUAAUAAUCAUUGGAGUCUCAAGCAACCUCUGAGAGGUACGCGUACAGGGUUUUGACGGAAUAGAUGCAAAACAAACUAACUGCUCUUAUGAAUCAUGUAACACAACCUGGGUGCUUGAUUGAAAAAACGUACAGCACAAAUUGGUCUCGGACGCUUUGAAGCCUUCUUGUUCUACGACGCCUCAACUGAGUUUCAAUCGUCAUGCCUUGUAUCUUAGGUCGCAACUCCAUGAACAUGGAACAAUCCUCAAACAGCGUGGCCGAGCUCCCAUUCUCUGAGACAGAAACCUACAUUUAUUCUAGCUCCGAUAAAGAGACUGAUGUAGCGAUGGAGUUCGUGCUGAAUCCGCCAACAUUUGUGGUUACGUCAAGUGGGUGGACUUCUCCGUGGUUCACCAAUCAUUCACCAUUUGUAGUACUGGACGAGCUAAAACAUUUGGACUUAUCAGUUGUUGCUGCAAAUACUGUUGGAGUGACUAGUGUGUGGACCCUGCAAGGUAACAUGAACGUCCACAGUUUGAGAAGUCCUAUCUGGAAUGAUCAGUUCUUUAAUUAUGCACGCGCCAUGCCACACAAGUAUCAGAGGCGCUCUUAAAAACUGUUUAGACCGACAUCUUGAAAACUUUCUUGUUAAGAAUUAGAAUAGAACAUUGUCUGAGCUACUCCUUAUAUCUUCAUCUAUAAUUUGUUAUUAAUAUUUAUAUUAAUGGUUUAACAUUUUCUGUGCUGUGACAUUUUAGUUGUAGUGUUGUCAAGGGAGAUCGUUUUUCCUGUUAAUGCAGUGAAAUUACAGGAGACCAGUAAUUUACCAAAAUUAGCUUAUGUUGUGAAAAUCACAUGGUUAAAUCAUGUUUCUGUUAUUGCUCUGAACUUGUGCGUAACGUUUAUUGUUUGCAUAACUGUUGAACUGUUCGUUUUAAAAUGAUAUAUUAGAUAUACAUGAUAAAACGCUGCUAGUUAGAGCUUUGGACCGUUCACUGCAGAUCCCCGGCACCUGAAAUUAGCGACAGAUCUUUGUCCUCCCGUUAGCCGAGCAGGCGCUCCGAGAUUUUUAAGUCUCCCAUAACGUUUCUUGUUUAGCUCAGUCAAGCAGUCACAGUACCGGGUCUACAAAAUUACCCUUUCGUGUGGGUAUAGCUAACCUAUCGUCAAUGGGUUUUAUCUCUGUGGGUAGGCUACGCACUAUCGCUGCAGCUAGUUAUCCUUGAACUGAAGAGUUCGAAACCUGAAGCAUUUGGUCUCGAAAAGAAAGAUUCCAAAAUAAUGAGUGCAAAUUGACAGGUUAUAAAUUGUUUUUAUUUUUCUUAAACGUUGUGCACAUCAAUCUUUUGUCAAUACCGCAUGAUUUAAAAAGAAAGCUUCAUAACUGUUUAAGUGAGUUUGAGUUGGACUUUUUCUUAGUCUCGCAUGGACAUAUUAGAUUUCCGCCGCUCUCGUGUACGGUCUUCGCCGAUAUGCUGAGUACAUGCAUGGCAAACUCAUAUUCUUAAGUGGAUAUCUUUGCGGCAGUUUACGUGUUUUUCAUUCGCCAUGUCUGCCCCGCCUCAAGAACUCCAUAAACCUCCUUAUGUGUUGGUUCGCAUUCCUAUGAACACGAAAGAUCCUUAAAAGGCAUUUUCAGAGACACCAACCUACGUUGACUUUUGGUGUCCACCGGAGUUUUGUCAAUAUGUGAUUCUUGGUACGUCGGUGUGGCUUGUCAGCGAUAGGAAGUCUUACAAUAUCAUGUAUAUGACCUUAGACGCUCCCUAUUAUGUACUCAGUAGGUUGAAAAGAAAUGGUUAUAUCGUGUGGUUGGAGUAUCUUCCGUUAGAGAGACCUGUCUUUUGCGUAAGAAUAUGCUCCGUCUCACUGAAUAAGUAGAAAUAGGGACAAACUUUGCAGUUUCUCAAUAAACAACAUAGUAUGAUUCUAAAUGACUAUAGAACAGUGUCCAUGAUAAGCUUAUCUCUAAUUAUGGCUCAGAGAACGAGGUGUAUCAUAUACUCAGUGCACUUCCUUCGCUUCAUAGACUUAAGAGUCGGUUGUGAUAUGCCUGAAGCGCGUGUUAAGGCGCGCGCGUUCGUUUCAUUUUUUGCCUUGAAUUAUGAGAUAUUUUACAUGUUUGGCACACUUGUUUGACCACUGUACAUUCAGCGUUUGUGCAUGCUCUGCUACCGUUUGAAUUCUUUCUGCAAGUACAGAGUAGUAUAGAUAGUUGAUGUUUUUGUACGAGAUUACUUUUUGAUCUCGUACCGCCUACUCCGAAAAGCAUACAGCAAAUGAAAAUUCCGGAUUAACAACCAUUGGAGUCUCAAACAACCUUUGUGAAGGAGGUACACAGGGUUUUGACGGAAUAGACGCAAAAAAUAUCAACUGCCCCAGUGAAUUAUGCAACAUAACCCGCAUGCUUGAUUGUAAUUCCGAGAAAAAGCGGAAAAAGCCUUGACGUCUUAUAUUAUUGGUCAAGGACGCCUUGACGUCUUAUCUUAUUGGCCAAGGACGCUUUGACGUCUUAUCUUAUUGGUCAAGGAGGCUUUGACAUCUUAUCUUAUUGGUCAAGGACGCUUUGACGUCUGAUCUUAUUGAUCAUGGACGCUUUGACGUCUUACAUUAUUGUUCCCAGACGCUUUGACGUCUACAUUAUUGUUCUCGGACGCUUUGGAGUCUUCUCUUAUUGUUCUUGGACGCUUUGAAGUCUUAUCUUGUUGAUCAAGGACACUCUCACGUCUUAUCUUAUUGCUCAAAGACGCUAUGAAGUCUGAUCUUAUUGGUCAAGGACACUUUGAAGUCUGAUCUUAUUAGUCAAGGACACUUUGAAGUCUUAUCUUAUUGAUCAAGGUCGCUCUGCCAUCUUAUCUUAUUGGUCAAGGACGCUUUGACGUGUUAUCUUAUUGGUGAAGAACGCUUUGAAGUCUUAUCUUAUUGAUCAAGGACGCUUUGACGUCUUAUCUUAUUGGUCAAGGACGCUUUGACGUCUUAUCUUAUUGGUCAAGGACGCUUUGACGUCUUACCUUAUUGAUGAAAGACGCUUUGAGGUCUUAUCUUAUUGGUCUCGAACCCUUUGAAGUCUUAUCUUUUUUGGUCUCGGACGCUUUGCAGCCUUCUUGUUCUACGACGCUUCAACUGUGUUUUAAUCGUCAUGCUUUUCAUCCUAGUUCGCAGCUCCAUGAAAAUGGAAAAAUCCUCAAACAGAGUGGCCGAGGACGCAUUCUUUGAUGAGAAAACCUACAUUGAUUCUAGCCAUGGUAAAGGGACCGAUUUCUCGAAGGCGAUAACUGACCGGCUGGAGUUUCUAACUGAAGUUAAGUCACAUUCGUUGAUGUCUACGUGGAGCACCGUUCAUCCUCCUUUUGUAGUACUGGCCAUACUGCAAGAUUUGGGCUUCUCAGUUGUUACAGCAAAUACUGUUGGUGUGACUACUGUGUGGACCCUACGUGGUAGCCUGAACGUCCAGCGCUAGUGUUGUUUUACCCCCGAUCAUCAUCAUCUUCUUUGUUAUGAACAGUUUGCACGACAGGAAAUGCAGGAGCCCUUUGAAAAACUGUUCCCACCGACGUUUUGAACACUUUCUUGUUAAGAAUUAGAAUAGGACAUUAGACAUUGGACAUUGAACAUUGGACAUCGAAGCUACUCCCUAUAUCUUUGUCUGUGAUUGUUAUUUACAUUAAUGCUUUGAUAUUUUCUGUGCUCUGGCAUUUUAUUUGUAGUGUUGUUUAAGGAGAUCGUUUUCCUGUUAAUGCAGUGAAAUUAUAGACGACCGGUAAUUUACCAAAUUAGCUUAUGCUGUGAAAAUCACAUGGUUAAAUCAUGUUUUUGUUAUCGAUCUGAACUCAUGUGUAACGUUCAUUGUUUGCUUAACUGUCGAACUGUUCGCAUUAAAAUAACAUUUAAAUACAGUAAUAGAUCUUUGUCUUCCCGUUAGCCAAGCGAGCGCUCCAAACUAUUUUAGUCUCCCAUAACGUUUCUUGUUUCGUCCAGCCAAGCAUUCGCUGUACCGGGUCAACAGAAUUACCCUUUCGUGUGGAUAUAGCAAACAUAUCGCUAAUUGAAAUUUUCCCCUGUAGAUAGACCGCUUUUUAUCUCUUCAGCUAGUUAUCCUUGAACUGAGGCCUGGAGUUUUUCUCGGCCUCGCAUGGACCUAUUGUGCUCGAUUUCCGCCGCUCUCGUGUCCGGUCUUCGGCAAUAGACAUACAUGCCGCAAAGGAAGGCGAGUUCUCUCUCUUACACCUGGAUGUUAUUUUUUACAUACACCUAAUUGCAAAAAGUGAAAGCAAAAAAGGCAAAAGGCAAAAAAAGCCAUUAGCUUAUAAAAACUUCCCUCUGGCUCAACACCCGCCAAAUGAACAAUUCUCACAGAAUUUCCAUUCAAAACUUCUUUCUGUUUAGAGAUUCCAGUGAUUCCGGUCAUUCCAAAAAUGUACAUAUGUAUAUGUAUAGGAAUCCCAUAUGCUAUUGCUUUAUACUACCUAAUUCGAAUUAGGCCUACUUUGUUUUUCGCUUUUUCCUGAUACAACGUUACUGCAAUUUGGUGUAUGUAAAUGACAAAAUAAAGCGAUCAGUUUAGCCGGAACGGAAGUGAAAUUUGUCACGAUUCCAAUAACUUCUAUAAGUUAACCAUUUCUCAUGCAUGCACAAUUCUGAGAAAAACAGGAUAUGCUGAGUACAUGCAUGGCAAACUCGUAUUCUUAAGUGGAUAUUUUUGCAGCAGUUUAGGCGUUUUCUGCCCCGCCACGAGAACUCCAUAAACUUCUUUUAGUGCAGGGUCGCACUCCUAUGAUGAGGCAUUUUCAGAGACACCAACUUACAUUGAAUUGUGGUGUCCACCGGAUUUUUGGCGAUAUGUGAUUCAUGGUACGUCGGCGUACCCUGGCAGCGAUAAAAAGUCUUACAAUAUCACGUAAAGACCACCGACGCCCCUUACCAUGUACUCAGUAGGUUGAAAGGAGAUGGUUAUAAUGUGGUUGGAGUAUCUUCUGUUGGAAAGACUUGUGUUUGGACCUGUGAGUAUGCUCCGUCUCACUGAAUGAGAAGAAAUAGCGACAAAAGAUGAAGCUGUGUCAUUGAAGAACCCGGCAAAGGUUCGCAGGGAUAUUUUCUUACAUGCUACAACUAUGUGUAGUAAAACACCAAACAAUAUAUUCAUGUCUUUUAUUCGAUUAUAGAUAUCCUCUCAAUCUGAUUGUACUGAAUGUUCUGCGCUCAUGAACUGUUAGCGAAAUUUGAAUUGAUCUAAAUAUGCAUUGUGUAUUUUUCACUAUUAGUAUGUUAGCUUAAAAAACAUUCCUUGUUGUUCCUCGGCAGUAUAUCUUGGUUUUAUCAACUGAGUUGAGGAUGUAAUUUGGCCAUCGUAAAGAGUCUCCAAAGCUGGCGUUUCGAGCGUUAGCCUUUCGUCUGAGCGAUUCAAGAAAAAUUGUGGGCUGUGUGUGUUAAAUAUACAAAAAAAUAGAGCUAUGCAAUCGGUGAGAACAUGGUAGCGUGAACAUGCAGCAAUAGAGGUCAAUUCACUUAUACGAGCAGUUUUACCAAUUUCAGAUGAUAAGUUCCUUUUAAAACAAGACUUGCCCAAGAUAUCAGUUUCCGUUCUUCUAGCAGACGACCACGAUUCUUUAACGCCGCAGAACGUUUCCAAUGCCCUUAAUGAAAAAAAGAUGCAGUUUCUCGGUAAACAACGUAGUAUGAUUCUAAAUGACUUUGUAACAGAGUCCAUAACAAGCUUAUCUCUAAUUAUGGCUCAGAGCACGAUGUGUAUCACAUAUUCAGUGCGCUUCCUUUCGCUUCGAAGGUUAAGAAUCGGUUUUGAUAUGCUUGAAGCGCAUGUUAUAAAAGGAUUCCAUCAAACGAUUUCGUUAAAUAAUUUCCACGAUAUGUAAAGUAGUAUAGAGAGUUGGUGUUUUUGUACGGGAUCACUUUGAGAUCCUGUGCCAGCAAUUUCGAAAAACAUACAACAAGUGAAUGAACCGGGUUAAUAAUGAUUGGAGUCUCAAACAACUUCUGAGAGGUAAGCGUACAGGGUUUUGACGGAAUGGAUGCAAAACAAACUAACUUCCCUUAUGAAUCAUGUAACACAACCUGAGUGCUUGAUUGAAAAAACGUACAGCACAAAUUGGUCUCGGACGCUUUGAAGCCUUCUUGUUCUACGACGCCUCAACUGAGUUUCAAUCGUCAUGCCUUGUAUCUUAGGUCGCAACUCCAUGAACAUGGAACAAUCCUCAAACAGCGUGGCCGAGCUCCCAUUCUCUGAAACAGAAACCUACAUUGAUUCUAGCUCCGAUAAAGAGACUGAUGUAGCGAUGGAGUUCGUGCUGAAUCCGCCAACAUUUGUGGUUACGUCAAGUGGGUGGACUUCUCCGUGGUUCACCAAUCAUUCACCUUUUGUAGUUUUGGACGAGCUAAAAGAUUUGGACUUAUCAGUUGUUGCAGCAAAUACUGUUGGAGUGACUAGUGUGUGGACCCUGCAAGGUAACAUGAACGUCCACAGUUUGAGAAGUCCUAUCUGGAAUGAUCAGUUCUUUAAUUAUGCACGCGCCAUGCCACACAAGUAUCAGGGGCGCUCUUGAAAACUGUUUAGACCGACAUUUUGAAAACUUUCUUGUUAAGAAUUAGAAUAGAACAUUGUCUGAGCUACUCCUUAUAUCUUCAUCUAUAAUUUGUUAUUAAUAUUUAUAUUAAUGGUUUAACAUUUUCUGUGCUGUGACAUUUUAGUUGUAGUGUUGUCAAGGGAGAUCGUUUUUCCUGUUAAUGCAGUGAAAUUACAGGAGACCAGUAAUUUACCAAAAUUAGCUUAUGUUGUGAAAAUCACAUGGUUAAAUCAUGUUUCUGUUAUUGCUCUGAACUUGUGCGUAACGUUUAUUGUUUGCAUAACUGUUAAACUUUUCGUUUUAAAUGAUAUAUUAGAUAUACAUGAUAAAACGCUGCUAGUUAUAGCUUUGGACCGUUCACUGCAGAUCCCCGGCACCUGAGAUUAGCGACAGAUCUUUG